GUUAGUAUUACAAAUGUAUUAGAUCUUAUUAUGGACUAAAAUAAUAAAAAAGGUCGUAAAAAAUGCUGAAGACUUGUAGCAAUGAUAAUGGCUUAAAUUUUUCGGCAUGUAAUAUGUUUCAAUCGCAUUAGGGCUUUGUUCGAUUAUUUUGUAUACUUAGGGCCGACUGUACAAGACGGGAUCUUGGACUAAAAACUACUUUCUUGCUAACCAUACGUAGCUCGUAGGUGCAACCGUUUAGAUACGCUUUAAGUAUUAGUCGGCAUGAAGCGAUUAUCCUAGUUUUUGAACAAAAACGCAGUGUUCUAUUUAUUGUGACCGCUACACGAUUGUCGCGCUUACCAGACCGUAAUGAGCUCGAUCAUGAACGUUAUGCUCAAGUUUAUUUCAACACCUCACAUCUCAUGGGUGACAGUCUCCCAUCAUGUUUAAAGUAUUCUUAAUAAUAUAUUGUGUUAUUAAAAUGUCCAGCGCUGACGUCACCCCAAACGACGUGGAAUUCCUCAACCAGUUGCCUUUAGACAAGCUUCUAAAAUUGAAAACCUCUUUAGAAGAUCUUGUAACUACAGGGUACAGUAAUGUCACUACGCCAUCAACCCCAUAUAUUCAGAGGUUCGGAGCCGAAGCGCUGGCCAUACAAGCGCCACCAAUCAAAAGAGGAGAUUACGAAGAAGGACUCUACAAGAAGGAGGGUCACAGUAAGCUCAGCAACAUAUUCUCCAUGUCCGUCACAACCCUUGCUUUUUUAGCCUUUGGCGGGUAUUUGCUGUGUUUAAUAGUGCAGGCUGUGAAAGCGAAACAAAUGUAUAGUAACGCGAUUCCUACAACUCAACCGACCACGUUUUUCGUUAGUGCGGGGAUUAAGAAGAGACCACAACAAACGCAGUUCACUUCGUAUGGGAGGAGAAAACGUGAGGAUCGACUGAGGAGAAGUUUGAGCAUGGUGGAUCUGCCACCAGAACAGCUGUUCGCCGCGCUAUUGCAAGUGUGUGAAGGAUACGCUAAGUGGAGUGAGCGAAGUGAAUAUUGAACACAAUUUAAUGUGAAGCAUACUUCUCCUCAAAUGUGCGUCUGUUUUAUUUUAAGAAUAUUUUUAAACUGUUAACUCUUCAAAGUAAAACUCAUCUCUCAGCAUUCAAAAAGAAUCUGCCCGCAUUUUAAAUGCAAAAAGCUUACAUUUUUAAAAUAAAUUCUUAAGUUUAAAUUUUUAUUUAUGUAUUCCAUCUUAAUAAGAUUCAGCACAUAAAAACUAUGAAGAUAUUAUUAUUUUUCACUAAAAAGCCCGAGAGCCACAAAACGCUGUUUACAUUAAAAGCAGGAAGCCAGAUUGCCCAGCAAUAUACCUACAAUCUGUAAACGUUUUCAAACUGUCAAAUAAUCGCGCUAACACCUAAUAAUAGCUGCAUCUUCGCUUUAAAGAUUCUAUUGUACAUUCCACUCAAGUGAAGAUUCGCUUUGAGGUUUAGCUGUACGAAAUUAGCCUUAAGCGUUCUGAAUUCAAAGUGUAUUUUACAUUGUAUUGUGGUGAAUUUUUAUGAUGUUUUAGCAUGUGGAGAGUGUUGGGUUUUGUUUGUAAGAGCUGGUAAUGAGGGGGCUGCGUUCGGUCUGUCAUCGGCCGUGCUCUAGUGUUUACAGGCCGAUGCCCACAUACACGGUUAGCACCGCGAAAUAGCCGUGUAACGUGUCUUAUAAAAAUAAAUUUUUAAUUUAUCUCCGACUAUAAAACUGUUGGUAAUUUACAGAAGCUCUGUUUUAUACUCAUUAAGAUAGUUUGGAAUUCUGACUUUAAAAUAUUGAUUUUAUUAUAAUUAGUUAAAAUUUAUAUUACACAUGUUCCUCGACUUUUAUCCAUAGGUUAUUUACGUGCCUAUAAUCGUUAAUCUAUUGUCAUUAGGUUCCUUUUAGUAUCAAAAACACAUAUAUAUGAGAGGCUAAAUAAAUAAAAAAGACUUAUGGCUAUGAUAAUUACAAGAGUUUUGAAUAAAUAAUAUCAUGUAUCAGGUAAAGGUCAGCUUAAAUAAUGAUGUAACAAAUUACACACGACAUUCUUUCUCAUGUUUCAUGCCAUAUUUAAAAACAAGUACCAUUGUAAAACAUAAUCGAAAAACUAAUCAUAGAAUUCAUAAAAAAAAACAUGUUAAAACAUUGAACAGUUAUUCCUUAACUGUUUAUUUGAACCAAGUUCAACUCAAACUAGUGCAACCGACCCUUUUCUCAACUGGUAAGUCUGAGAUAAAGACUCUUGCGCACAUGCUACCAACGUGUAAAUACAAGCAGGCCGUUGUAUCUUAGAUAAUUAUCUACAAGUUGUCGCUACUGUACUAAACUCCAUAUAUUUUAUUGCCGUGUAAUAAAAAAAUCUCAUAAAAUAAGUCAAGAGUGCUAGUGUUGUCAUUGUUAAAAUCGAUCGACAUUUUUUUUUGACAAUGUAAUAUGAUCUCGGUAUGAAAACUCGUUUCUUUAUAUUAAUGUGUCGCGGAAUGGGUAUUGUAUAAUUUUGUGGAUUUUAAUGUUUGUGAGGUAAAAUGAUAUUGGAGAAAAUGUUCUUUAUUUUUAACCUCUGGUUUGAGAUAACUCAGAGGCCCUACGGGAUCUUCCGUUUAUCUACUUAUUUGCUUUUAAAAUCUAUUGAUAAUUAACUUUUCUUUAUCUUUAAUCCUUUGGUUAUAUCGGAACCCUUGAUAUAUUGGAAUAGAUAUGAGAAUUUAUAGUUAUUUCUAUUAUGUAGAGAGGUGAGCAAGAAAUUAUAUUGUAAUUCAGCUAAUUAGUGUCUUUCUAUAAUUAAGCUAAAUAAACCUUAAGCACUGAUAUUUGCAAAAUUAUGUAGUAUGGAUUUGGCAGUAAAUACGUUGAUUUUAAAUGCCAUAGGAAACAUAACUAUAUAUAAGGCCUAGCUUUAUGCCUAAAUGGUUUGAAGUUACGAAUGCUAGAACUCAUUUUUCCAGUACAAAGCAAUUAUGUAAAGUCUUUCAGAAAAAAAAAUUAAUCAAUGCAGCUAUAUUCUGUGGCGUAGGCUCGUUUAUGUAAUAUCGUCUGUCUUCGCCGGUGGUCUAAAGAAUAUGUAGAUAAGUAUAACUCUAUUUAACCACAUCUGCUUAAAGUAAACUAACAUCUGGUUUCUAAAAAAUCUGUAAACAUUAAUAAAACAAGAUUUACUUAAUUUGUCUAUAAUAUGAACAACAUGAUGUAAAAUUUAAGUAGGUUUAUGAAAAA